AUGGCGGAUGAGAUCCGGCUGGUUAAGCAGAGGAUUAAGAAGAUCGAAGGCGAGCUGGCGGACAUCAGUGACCGCCUGGAGGAGCAGCUGGGGGCUGCCUCGUUGGAGGAGUUCGAGGAAGAGUUAUUGAAGAGAAAACGUCUCAUCUUGCAGUCAACUCUUGCCACCUUGCGGCAAACGGAGAACCUCCUGUUCGAGCAGCAUACCCGCGGUCGCUGCAGCCGCGCGUCACCCUCGGUGGAGCGGUUUUGGAAGCAGCUACCGUCGGCAACGCUUGCCAUGUCCGCGGAGGGCAUGGAGGUCCUGCAGCUUGCACCCGGCACUGAGUUCCCACGGCCUCACAAUUUUACGGCUUUGCUUCUUCGGCCAUGCUACCGCGCCCUGUCAGAGGAGAUCUUUGCAGCUGUGUCGGGGCCUGAUGGGUACACCCGCCGAGUCCUCAUUCGCGGCACACCAGGCAAGCUGUCGGGUUUGAGUGUGGGAGUUACACUGUUCCAGGGAACAGGCGAUGGCGAAGCUGGGGAUAUGUCUUGGCUUUGGAAAAGGCAAGCUCCUUGCUUGGGAUAUUUUGACGUAGAGGUUUCAGUUUCAGGACUGAGGCUUCAAGAAGAGUAUCAUUCGUUGUUGAAUGCAGGUAUUGGCAAGAGCAUGUUCCUGUACUACUUGCUUUAUGAGCUGGCAUGCCAGGGUAAAACCGUCGUGUGGCAGGGCAACUCGAUGGCUUCUGUGCUGCUGUAUACACCCAACGGUGUGUUCCAGUCAGACUCCACGUUUGCUUUUAGCGCGGAGCUUCAUGAUCCGAGUACAUGGUUUUUAUGUGACGCUGUGGAGCCGUCGGCCAGGAGGGCAAUUACCGUUAUGGUAUCGAUACCCCGCAACUCAAAUUACAACGAUUAUAUGAAGCUAGGUCCCAUGCGGCUGUGGAUGAGCCCCUGGUCCAUGUCGGAGCUGGAGGCGGCACGUCGCACCAUCUUCACUUCCGUCACCGAUGAUGCGUUGUCACGGCUGUAUGCUCGGUGGGGUGGCAUCCCGCGAUACGUCCUGGAGCAUGCAAACAGCCCCACCCAGCAGAAGAAGCUUGAUGAGGUGGUGGCAGUCAUUACUAUGGACCUCCUAUUCAGAUCAGUACGCAACAUCGAAGCUGCGACGGAAGACAACAUCCACAAACUGUUUCACAUCCAGGUGAAUGAGGAGCACGAGAAAGAAUGCCUGGACUUCGGCUCAGAGGAAAUCGGCCAGCGUGUGAUGCAGCGGCUGUAUCGGCAGUACUCUACUACGUUAACACCCUUCUUGCGCUCUGCCAUUGGCAGACUGGACUUGGCCUCACUUAGAGGUCCGAUGUUCCGGUGGCUAGUGGAUAUCUUACUCCCCAUGGGCGGCACGUAUUGUGUGCGCAGCCUUUCCGACACCGAGACUUUCAGACUGACAAUGCCGGAAAUGGAGCUGGAGAUGGUGCAAGACAGCGCACUCAAAGAAAUGAGCCUCACAACGGUGAAGUCUGGGCUCCUGGUGCCAAUAUCUAAGGACUUCCCCGUUGUGGACUACUUUCUUAUUUUGCCUGGCAGUAGUGGAAUGGCAGAGAGGCUGCUCUUCAUCGUGGUGACCGUCUCUGCCAAUCACCAUAUUAGCGCGUUGGGGCUGCAAGCCGCCGUACAGAAGCUGUCCAGGGACCUUCAGGGGCUCAAGUGCGAGCUGUGCUUUGCGGUGCCGCCUGACCUGUUCGAGUCAUUCACGGAGCAACCCUUUGAGGAGGCUGAGACAAUGGCUGUGGACGCUGUCGGGAUGGAGCAGUUUGCCGUACAGAUCCCACUAGUGGCGGUGAUGGUGUCGCUGCGGCAGCUGUGGCAGCUGAGUCUGUUGGUGCUAGCAAGGUGGCCGUUGUGGAUGUGGACACUAGGUCGUGGUCACCAGAGGCUUUGGAAGUAG